UCUGCGGCUGUUAGCGAAAGAAUUUGAAAGAUGGUUUUAUAGCUUCAUUUAUUUUCCACAAGAUCGCUCGCGGUAAUUUGGAAGAGCCGAAAUGAAACUCAACUGCGGAAGUGUACGACGACGGUGUCAAACAACUGAAGAAAGACCUCGGGCAACGUCAUCGUACUCGAACUAUUCUAAUAUUCCGUCAAAGUGGCGCGCGCGCCGCAACACCCUGCAGAUUAUUUGGCGAGGGGGUGGAAAACACCCUUAACAGAAGGGUGCGGAGGGGUCAGAUGCGGGUGCGCGACGAAUCGGCGCCACAGUACCGAGGACUUCCACCGUUUUUAUCGGCGCCACAGUUCCGCCGCAUGUCUGUGGCCGGUUGGCUGUUUUUCCGCAACUGGCUCCGACCUAAUACGCGAGCAAAAUGGUGCUCGCCGAUACGUCGUCGGUUCCUGACAACGAUCGUUAUGGUUUAGCAAAUGGUAACAACGUCCAGGGCAUCGUCGUCACCAAUUUUACUGACGGCGAAGUUUUGAGCUAUAGUCUUGCACUACUACGAGGUAGAGUUCCCCCAGGAUGCGGACGUAUCGUAGUGCGAGGACCUAGGAAUACUAUUUCCGAGUGGCCUGUAGUGGGGGGCGAGUUUCGUGCCCUUGUAGAACUUUUUCGAGGUGAAAAUGCUAUCGAGCUUGAAAUCAACGAGUUUCAUUGUCGACUAUGUCUAAGACAUGAGCCGAGAACAACCAGGUUGCGAGUGACUCCAAUUUAUGUCAUCUGCGCCGGUCACAAUGGGUGCUUUCAAAGCCCAAAGGGUGAGGAUUGUUCCGUUGAAAGUGCUGCAACCAGAAUUGGCUUGGGAGCUCGUCUUCUGCAAACACUAACAGCGGAAAAAUUACGGGAAGCUGGACAUGGAAGAAAAACAUUCCAACUAGAAAGGGAUCUUGAUGGAGCCGAGUGCCUUGUCAUGCACAGCAUGCUCCACGUUGACAGGGCACGAGCUAUGUCACAACGGGAUUUAUGGGAGCUAAUUGCCAGAGAACUCAUGACAGGGCCUCUUGCAUCCAAGGAUCGAAAGUACCUCGCAUUUCUAUCAUGCACCCGUUACAGAGGUGCUCCAAGUCCAAGGACACAUGAGGACACUCUGGCCAGAACAGAGGGACACGCAGCCCUCGGUGGAGGAGGUCUUGCUCUUUUUGGGUCCGCCUGUCUCCACACAUGGCCUACUUGCCUAUCUCAGGUUCUUCCGAGAUUUUUAGAUCCUACAAUCAUAGAUACUGAGCAAUUGAUGGAUGACAGUAACUAUAGAGGCACUCAUGGCGGUUGUCUCGCAACAACGCUGGGAUCGGUUCUUCAUGAAUUAGGACACACCUUUGACUUGGGACAUACAAGAGAAGGAAUAAUGGGUAGAGGAUUUGACUAUGUGGAUCGAGUAUUCGUGGGACGUGCUGGAACUGAUUCCAAUAGAAACUCCAUCAGACAUGACCCUCAACACACAACAGUAGCCCUCAGUAGACCCUUGAGCGUUACUGUUACCGUCCAAGGGUCUUUUGGAGGUGGCAGCCCUAGGAGAGGAAGACUCUUAUCGGAAACUUCAAGGCCUUCACCUUCGCUCAGUCCACGUCUUGGACCAGGAAGGCUUUCUGCUCCAGCAAGUCCUGAACUCAAUAGAUCAUUCUCCAAAAGCCUCACAGCUUCUGAACCACCGCCACAACCGGAUAGAACAUUUUGGGGGCCGUCGUGCGCUUCGCUACUCGCUUAUCACCGGUGGUUUAAUGAACAAAUCGAUAAUUCGUUUAACAGAGGAAUAGAAAUCAGAUACGACGCCAAAAGAAACGUAGUGCGCUCCAGGUUCGGUGUGCGGAUGAUGGAACUCAGGGAAUCCUCUGGUGAAAUGGUAGUUGGAUCCCGCCAAUUUCCAGGACCAAGACCACCCCUGGAAGCUCUUGUUCCUCCAACACCACCUCAUUGCAUCGCACCACUUACUCUUGUCGCUGAAGAUUCUGCUGGAAAUAUUCUGAAGCAUCCAAUGCCUACGGCUUUUUAGGAUCAGCGCCUUCCACUGUAUACACAGUUAGUAUUACAAAUUAAUAAGCUUUAUCGUAUUUAUUUCACCCCCAAUUAAUAUUCCUAUAUCCUCAUCGUGAGAUAGAUUUUACCAAAGACUGGAGCACUGAGGAUUGUUCCAAACUAACGGGGAUGAUUAUAUCUAGCUAGGUAGUCGAAUUAUAAUCGGUUUGAAAACGUAAAAAUUAUAAUAUGUUGUUAAUAGACACACUCAAUUACCGUUUCUCCGUAGGUAAUGUAUUGAACAUACACCUAUAAUAUGAUAUACAGCGAAUCAAGGAUUUGAUUUGAAAUACAAAAUAUGUAUAUACAUUGAGUGAAAAAUCAAUCACAUUGACAGUUCUGCGGUUUUAUUUUGUGCUUCCCUUAUAAUAUACAGUAAUUAUAUUGAGUACUGAACGACGUGAUUAUAUACGAGGAUAAUGAUUCAAAUUGAAAUUAUUAAUACUCAAUUAGAUAGUAUUAAACGAUAUCCAAGAUCGGAAAAAAAAAUACAAUACUCCGCGAAAUUUUGUUAUCUUUGGGCCAAGUUUAAUUAGAGUAUAAUUGAGAAAUUGUUAUUAAAUAAUAGAAUCGCCCGUACAAUAGCCCAUAAAAUCCCUUUCGUACAUGUGUAACAGGAUUAGACACGUACAAUUGAAUUCUACGUUUGAUGUAAAAAGGUAUACGUACACGAAGUAUUCAGAUUAAAAAAAAAACAUUCAAAGCUCGUCAUGACUCGUUACAUGGGGUACGGGCACAAGACCAAAAACCUAUCCCAUCCCCAGUUCGAUUAGGUGUUGCGAAAAUUAGAUACUACACAUACAAUAGGUAGUACAUAUACCAAACUAUACUGCACAUAAUCCAGAGCGCAAUAAAUAACAAAGUGAGAUGAAGAACUUGUAUAAUUUAAUUGAUGCUUGUGCGUCGUCUUGAAUCGUGAGCUGAAAAAUUAGUAUAUGUAUUAAACCAACGAUAAUUAUUAAAUCAGAUCGGGUACGCAUGUAAAUUAUCGAAACAAAGGGGUCGGCAGUAUGUGUCCAAAACAAUAAUUCGAUGUUGUAUGUCGUACAUAAUUGUUAUUAUACUAUCUGAAAUCAAAAAGGUGAAGUCGUAUAAAUUUAAAAACAAUAGAAGAUUGAAAAUGAAUAUUUUAUAUCUAUCGUAUGUAUUGUCCAAAUAUUUUUCUAUAAAAAUAUUCCUUUGUAGUGAGUAUAGUAUAAUGAUUUAUAAUAAAUAUUAAUCCUGCUCAUUAUUUUGUUCCAAGCCCAAGUAAUAUACAUUAUAUUAUAGUUAUAUAACAGAGAAUAAUUCCAACUGUCAACCCCUCGAAAGUGAUAAUAAUCAUAAUUAUUAUUGAUACUAUUAUAGCUGCUUAGCAUACUUUAAUAUAAUAAUAUAUGUAUACCUAAUAACGUAGACCUAUAAACACGACAAUUUAUACCUACCUAUAGUUAUAAGCACAUUCUAUACUAUUUAUGAACGAAUUGAUUAACAAUAUAAUAAUACAGUUUAAUUUCAUAAAUUAUUUUGUUAUAUUCUAUAAGGUCUCGAUAUGUAUAAUCAUGUAACCUUGAAGACAAUAUUUUACCGCAGACUUAAUUUAUUGAUAUACUAUAGAAAUAAUAAAAGAUAUGAAAGCGUUA